AUGAGCUCGGGGGUUUUAGCUGUCGGGCACAUCUUCCCAGACUGUGGAAACGGACCCCUAGCUUCCAAUGAUGUUUGCAACAAGGCACUCUCCGUUGGAGAACGAGCCAAAGCUCUGGUUGCGGCCCUCAAAACCGAGGAGAAGUAUGAUCUAUUAGUCAGCACAUCGCCCGGAGUUGAGAGACUAGGACUACCCAGCUAUGAAUGGUGGCAGGAGGCUCUCCAUGGGGUGGCGUCCUCGCCAGGAGUUAAAUUCUCAGAUUCCGGUGACUUUUCCUAUGCAACAUCCUUCCCGCAGCCAAUUCUCAUGGGUGCUGCAUUUGAUGAUGAGCUUAUCGAAGCCGUGGCAACUGUCGUCAGUACCGAAGCCCGGGCAUUCAACAACUUCAAUCGGUCAGGAUUGGACUACUGGACUCCCAAUAUCAACCCAUAUCGUGACCCUCGAUGGGGACGUGGCCAAGAGACGCCCGGCGAGGACCCCUAUCAUCUGAGCUCUUACGUGACCGCUCUAGUAAAAGGUCUCCAAGGCGGAGAGGAUCCCGACACUCUCAAAGUGAUAGCAACUUGCAAGCAUUUCUCCGCAUAUGAUAUUGAAGACUGGCUGGGGAAUGAGCGCUAUGAAUUUGACGCAAUUGUCACUCCCCAAGAAUUAGCCGAGUAUUACAUGCCUCCGUUUGAGGCUUGUACUCGCGUAAAUGUCGGUUCUAUCAUGUGCUCGUAUAAUGCUCUGAAUGGCGUUCCAACUUGUUCGAGUUCGUAUAUUCUCCAAGACAUCCUUAGGGAUCACUGGAACUGGACACGCGACUACCAAUACGUCGUCUCGGACUGCGAUGCUCUUCAAAAUGUUUACAAGCCACACAAUUGGCGGGAUACUCGUGAGGCAUCUGCUGCCAGCUCCCUCUUAGCGGGGACUGAUCUCAACUGCGGCACCUAUUAUCAAAUACAUUUACCCACGGCUUACGAACAAGGUCUUAUUAAUGAUACCGUCCUUGACCUAUCUAUUACGCGACUAUACGCGUCGCUUAUCAAACUAGGUUACUUCGAUCCGGAGGACUCUAACGAAUAUCGUUCUCUUGGCUUCUCUGAUGUGUUUACCCCUGAAGCCGAAAACCUUGCUCGGAAAGCCGCAGAAGAGGGUAUUGUGCUGAUCAAGAAUGACGGGAUCCUUCCCCUCCAGAUAUCUACUGAGAGUAAUCUCACUGCUGUUUUUAUCGGAGACUGGGCGAAUGCGACGACAGAUAUGCAAGGCAAUUAUCAAGGUAUUGCCAAAUAUCUACACUCGCCAUAUUACGCAGCUAGCCAAGCGCCGAACAUCAAUGCCGUAUACGCAGGCAUUCCGGGUGACCCAACAACUGAUGGCUAUCCGCGAGCUCUAGAGGCUGCAGCAGAUGCAGAUGUCAUCAUCUACACGGAUGGGCCAACAACAGCGAGCGAGGCUGAAAGUAAAGACCGCACACUUAUCCGCUGGUCUGGCGAGAAGAUCGAUAUCAUGACGCAACUAGCCAGUCUAGGCAAGCCAUUUGUCCUCGUGCAGAUGGGUGGCCAGCGCGACGAUGCACCCUUCAUCAACCAUCCCAACGUCUCCGCAAUUCUCUGGGGCGGUUACCCAGGCCAAUCCGGCGGCGACGCUAUCUUAAACGUGUUGACAGGCAAAGUUGCUCCCGCCGGCCGGUUACCCGUAACGCAGUACCCGGCGCAUUACGUCGACGACGUACCCAUGACAGACAUGAAUCUUCGACCCAAUCCAGAGACUGGCAAUCCCGGGCGCACAUAUAUGUGGUAUGAUAAAGCAACCGUACCAUUCGGCUUUGGCCUUCACUACACGAACUUCACUGCCUCUAUAACCGCGCCCGAAGACGAGGAUGAUGCGUGGGCCAUCGCAGGCCUAACAAGCACCCUCGCCACCACAGCGCACAAAGACCAAGCCCCAUUCCAGACCAUCCCCGUAACGGUGUCCAACACCGGCGCCACGACAUCUGACUUCGUCGUUCUGGGCUUCAUUUCCGGCACGCACGGGCCCGAGCCGUAUCCUAUCAAGCGCCUCGUAGCGUACAAACGGCUGCACGAUAUCGCGGCUGGCGAGAAGCAGACCGCAAAUCUAACACUAACGCUCGGAAGCCUGGCGCGCCGCGAUGAGGAUGGGAAUUUGGUGCUGUACCCUGGGGAGUAUAGCUUACUGGUGGAUGUGCCGACGCAGGCGGCUUGGAAUUUUACGCUGGAGGGCGAGCCGGUUGUGUUGGAUGAGUGGCCGCAGGAUACGGGGAAGUGA